AUGGCAGAAUACAAACUAUCCUACGAGUCCCAGCUGGAUGCCUUUCACCCCUCGUACCGCUGGGAAACUCAAAGCCCAAGCGAAGACUGGAAAGCCGCAGCUCUCCGCGGUCCUGCUCUUCCUGUUCUAGGCAAUGCAGUCGCCGGUGCUGUAGGAUCGGCUGUUUCCAACGUCAUCACCUACCCUCUCAGUGUCAUCGUUGCCCGAUUACAAACCCAGCAAAAGAAGACCAAGACCGAGAAAGAUGACAGUACCGAAGAAGAAUAUACCAACAUUCUCGACGCAGCCUACAGAAUCUACCUUGACCAAGGCCUCGCAGGCUUCUAUCCCGGUCUGGCACAGGACACGUGCAAGUCAGUCCUAGACUCCUUUCUUUUCUUCCUCGCUUAUACAACCAUCCGUCAACGCCGAAUCAUUGCGCGUGUGGGCCCCGCACACGCAGCAAAGACAAAAAAUAUCGUCCUUCCUGUCUUAGAUGAGCUCGCUAUCGGAGUCAUAGCAGGUGCCGCUUCGAAGCUGUUUACGACACCACUCGCGAACAUCGUCACGAGAAAGCAAACUGCUGCGCGAAAGGGCUCUGGAGAUGAGAAAUCGACCGGAGAUAUCGCAGCGCAGAUCCGGAAUGAGAAGGGCCUGGCUGGGUUUUGGUCGGGAUACUCGGCAUCUUUGAUCUUGACACUGAACCCAUCUAUCACACUCUUUUUGAACGAGUUGCUAAAGCGUGCGCUUCUUCCGCGCGCAAAAAGAGAGAAGCCCUCUGCCGCGGUGACGUUUUUGUUGGCUGCGUUGAGUAAGUCCGUGGCAUCGUCAAUUACAUAUCCGUUUUCGCUGGCGAAGACACGUGCGCAGGCAUUGGGUGAUGAGUCGCCGAAGCAGGCCCAGGGGAAGACCAUCUUAUCGGCUCUCAUGCCUCAGAUUAUCUCUAAUGUUCUCAACAUCGCGCAUGCGGAGGGCAUUUCCGCUCUCUAUGCUGGUCUGCCUGGUGAAGUCAUGAAAGGGUUCUUCUCACAUGGGUUUACUAUGCUGGCGAAAGACGCCGUGUAUGGCUCAAUUAUCAAGAGCUACUAUCUUCUUCUAAUGCUUUUCCGUCGAUAUCCAUCGCCCGAGGAGCUACUUGUGCGUGCUCGGGAACAGGCAGAGGAGUAUAGCGAGAUCGCUCGAGAGGGCGCUCGUGAUCUCGCGGAGCGGGCUAAGGAAGGUGUCGAGGAAGCGUUGAAUAAUCACUCUGGUAACGUGGCUGUGGAUAUGACUUCGACUGCAGCUACAGCUGCAGAGACGACGCGGGAUGCUGGAUAUGGUGUCGAUGCGUCGUCUGGGUUGAAGAUGUCACCUAUGCCAGAGGAUAUCAAUGAGACUGCUGAAUUGGUAGGAGAAUACGUUGAGGAUGAGGCCGCCGAAUGGAAGAGUUUCUACCAUUGGUUUUGGGAGAAGGAUCGGGGACAUAAGGCGUGA